AUGGUGUGGGACGAGCUGGCGGGACCGCCGAGCGUCACUGGGGCCGGGUGUCUGGGGACCGCGUGGCCGCCUUCGUCAGCUUCUGCGCCCUCCACCUGCUGGGCAUCUUGGGCUCUGGCUGCCUGGCUCGUCGCCUGGCCCCGCGGCUGGCCGGCCGAGCUUCUAGGGAGAUAGCAGUGGCUGGCUGGGCCUGUUUCGUGUGAAAAUGAGUCGGUUAUACGAUACCAUAGAGCCAAAUGUGAUUGAUGAAAAGAUGCUUCAAAAAGCUGUGGAAGAGCAAGGGCCCCAAGAGGAAUUAGGACAGCUUGCCAAAAGGGAAGGCAUUGAUUACAAAGAUGUCAUAGAGCUACAGCUUGAUUUUAGAAAUAUCCUGAAGAUUGAUAACCUAUGGCAGUUUGUGAAUCUGACUAAACUGCAGCUAGACAACAACAUCAUUGAGAAGAUAGAGGCAUUGGAUAGUCUGGUCCACCUAAUCUGGCUUGAUUUGUCCUUCAACAAUAUUGAAGUCAUUGAAGGUCUGGAAGCUCUGGUUAAACUGCAGGACUUGAGCCUCUACAAUAAUAGAAUAUCUAAGAUUGAGAAUCUGGACACGCUACAAGAACUACAGGUCUUCUCUAUAGGAAACAAUAAUCUAACUGCUUUGGAAAACGUGGUCUACCUCAGGAAGUUUAAAAACCUACGCACAUUGAAUCUCACUGGGAACCCUGUCUGCGAAAAUGAACAAUAUUCAAUGUUCAUUGCUGCUCACCUUCCAGAUCUGGUGUACUUGGACUUCAGGCUUGUGGAUGAGAAUACACGAGAACUUGCAGACAUAAAAUAUCAGUAUGUCAUUGAUGAGCUAAAGCAAGGUGAAGCACAGGCCCUGGCUAAGCUGGUGGAAGAGCAAGCUAAGCAGAAAGAAUUGGAGCACCACAAGGCUGCUUACGUCGAGUACCUGAAUGGACCCUUCUUAUUUGAGAGCAUGUACGCAGAAGAUACAGAAGCUGCCAGGCUGGCUUACCUCCCUGGAAUGGCUGACCUGCUGGAGGCAUACAAGAGUAAAUUUGUAUUAAUUUGUGAGAACCUCUUUGCCUAUGGUCUGAAAGAGCAUGAAAAGCGACAAGCUGAAGUCUCAACCUUCUACGAGUGCCUUCAAGAAGCGAUACAGGACAGUCAAAAGCAGGGCACAAAAAUAAUCCUAGAUUUUGAAAAUGACAACCAAGGGCUGUUGGACAUGAUCCAAAACAUGAGUAGUUUUGAGAUUGCGGAGUCUAAACUCGUAAAGUACAAUGAGGACAUCAGUCAGCUGUCAGACACACUUAUGACCUUGGAAAUGCAGACGGUUGACCAGCUAGAGGAAAUAAUAAAGGAUUUUGAAAGAAACAUUGCUGACCAGGUGUCAACAUUUAUUGAGAACGUCCAAGGGAUGAUGGCUCAAUGCCGGGAUCUAGAAAAUCAUCACCACGAGAAACUGCUGGAGAUCGCAAUCAACACUCUGGAGAAGAUAGUCAAGAGCGAGUUUGAUGAGGAGAUGCCAGAUGAUGUUCGACUGCUUUUUGUGGACAAAGACACCAUCGUCAACGCAGUGAAUGCCUCCCACGAUAUCCACCUGCUGAAGAUCGAUAACAGAGAGGAUGACAUCGUCACCAAAGCCAAGAGCUGGUCAUCUUCGGUGAUCGAGGAGGUUCACAAGAAUGAGCUCAACAGAAACCGCAACCGUGUGAGAGAGAUUAAUCAAUACAUCGACCAUCUGCAGGAGGAGGUGGACAACAUGGAAAGCCUGGAGCAGAUGGAGUAGGCCAACAGUGGCUCCCCUGUUAGGACACAGGCCUUGGUGAUCUAACAGGUGUGCCUCGCCCUUUCUGACAGCCCCCUUGUAAAUACUCACUGGUGGGGAUGUUUCAUCCUGGGGUGUCACCCCCCUCCCCCACAAAAAAAAAAAUCAUAUGGAAAUAAAAAUACCAUUUGAGUUUGGAAAAGCUCUUAAAGAGGAGCUGAGGAGUUCACUUUGAAGCCCUGAGACUUAUGGUGCAAAUCAAAGCCGGUUCACAAACAGCAGAUCGAGCUGCGAUUCUCCAGCACCAGGCCAUGCCUGGAAGCUUUGUCACCUGCGGGCAGUGGUAGGAGCCUGGGACUCGGGCA